UGGGUCCUUCAUCGCAGACCGUCGCAUGAUCACCUGACAUUACUGUUUAUAUCUGUAUGAAAUUUGUCUUCAUAGAGAGAGAAGAUGAUUAAGGCUAUCUUAAUUUUCAAUAACCAUGGAAAACCACGCCUCAUCCGGUUUUAUCAAUAUUUCGCGGAAGAUAUGCAACAACAAAUUAUCAGAGAGACUUUUCAUCUUGUGUCCAAGAGGGAUGACAAUGUCUGCAAUUUCUUGGAGGGUGGAAGUUUAAUCGGUGGUUCAGAUUACAAGCUGAUUUACAGACAUUAUGCCACUCUUUACUUUGUAUUCUGUGUGGACUCCUCAGAAAGUGAGCUGGGAAUUUUGGAUCUAAUUCAGGUAUUUGUGGAAACCUUGGAUAAAUGCUUUGAGAAUGUCUGUGAACUGGACCUCAUCUUUCACAUGGAUAAGGUCCAUUACAUCCUGCAGGAGGUUGUGAUGGGUGGUAUGGUGUUGGAGACCAACAUGAAUGAGAUUGUCGCCCAGGUGGAGAUGCAGAACCGAAUGGAGAAGUCAGAGGGUGGAUUGUCUGCGGCCCCAGCUCGUGCGGUGUCAGCAGUGAAGAAUAUGAAUCUUCCGGAAAUCCCUCGCAACAUCAACAUUGGGGACAUCAACAUUAAAGUCCCUAGCCUCUCCCCAUUCUGAUCGAGAUGCCUGUUUGAAUUUUAAAUUAUGUUACACUGAAUGUUACUGAGACAUUGCAAGCCUGUUUUCCUCUGUACGUGUCAAAGGUGAUAGGAGACCAAGGUGUGGAUUCUUCCUCCAUUGGAUCUGUGUGACGCUUUACCAAAUGGUUCACAUACUGUAGGUUUCAUAGCUGUGUCAGCUGUGACCCUUUUCAGCUCAUGCCAAGGCUUGCAAUGUCACAUAUAUAUUUAUUUAUUGUUUUGUAUAGGGAUACUCCAAGCAUUUCAAACAUUCCAAAACAGAGGAUGAUGGAAAAGACAAAGGAAAGAUACAUACCGUGUAGUGUCAUUUGAGGAGCCACCACAGCUAUAUCCUAAUAUUGUUCUGUGAACAUGGCACACUUCCUCUCAUUAAAACAUUAAUGUCUA